AUGGUAUCGGCUCUCUAUAUCCUACACUGGCCAGAUAGUGACAUCGAGUAUCUGCGAUGUGAGGUGGUGAUUCAUCGAAACUUUCAUAAUGACGUUCCUGAUGCGCAGCUAAUGAUUCCUCUCUUCACCCAUGUAUACCGACAGUUGCAACCUCAUCAAAGAACGCCAAUUCUACGAGACCGAGGCAUCAACUAUAUGUAUAUAUGGGGAGAAAACGACCUUUUAUUCUUGGCUGCCACUCGCAAAAACGUCAAUGUGAUGCUGGCGGUGACUUUUUUAAGCCAAUUCUACCUGAUUCUACACCAUUACUUUGUCACAAGCCAUUCUAAUUCGGCCAAUGGGGUCAGCAAGCAUGAUGACGAAGACGAGGGCAGAUCACUACAGCUAGACCACCUUGUCGAUAACGUGUCGUUAGUGUAUGAGUUAUUGGACGAGUGCAUGGACUUUGGUGUCGUUCAGAUCACCGACUACAACAUUCUCAAAGAAUACAUCAAGAUGGAAAUUAAUCAGGCGUCAUCUGCCGUGAAUACUUCGGAUCUGGAUGGCUCAGACUCGGACCUGAAUUCCGGAAAUUUCAAAGACACUUCAAACAAGAGGAAAAAUGACAAGAAAGCUAAACAUAAGCAGAUCAAAUCCACACAGAAUCAUGCUGACAAGUCGGAUGUCGUGGAGGCUAAGGCCGAGGGUCUUAUCAACAGCUCCAUUGUCAGGACACAAGCACUGGCUAUCAGUUGGAGACCCAAGGGCAUUUUCUAUACCAAGAACGAGAUCUAUAUCGAUAUUAUUGAGGAGAGUGAGUUUCUCUACGAUCUCGAAACCCUGAUUGUGAAGAUCAACGAAAUCCGAGGCGCUUGCCAAAUCAAGUCUUAUCUCUCAGGAAUGCCUCAGUGCAAACUUGGGCUAAAUGAGAAGUACAUCUCGCAGGUGGAAUAUGAUGACGAAGUAAUCGAAGAUGAGGAGGUGGUCGUUGACAGAGCAGAUAAUUUGAUUUCGGACAACCUGAUUAACGAAAUUGACUUAGACGAUGCUGGAGAUGUUGAAUCGACUGAACUAGCCAAAGAUCACGACAUUUCUCGCAAAAAAUUGAAGGUUCCCAUCAGCAACGUCCAAUUCCAUCAGUGCAUCGAACUCUCAUCCAUUUAUAAGGAGAACCUUAUUUUAUUUACCCCUCCAGAUGGACAGUUCCAACUUCUAGCAUACUCUGUGGACCAGCAGCGACGCAAGGAUAAACAGCCGAUUAUUAUGGUGACCCCCAAGUUCCGAAUUGUAAAGAAAGAACAAAAACUCGUGAUCAUGUGCUCGUUAUCUACAAACUUCAAAAAGAGGCUACAUUGUCGAAACUUGGUGGUGAGUAUACCGGUAAAUCCAUAUCUUUUUGCAUUGAACGACCAACAAGGACAAGGAUUUCGCUUCAAAUCGGAAUUAGGUGAGGUUCGCUACAAAGUUGAUACUUCGGAGGUUCUUUGGUCCAUAGACGAUCUUCCGGGGUCCAAGAAAACCGUACGAAUGAUGGCCGAACUCCAGCUUGAAAAUUGCAACAACAUCGAUCCUCAGAUGAUCCAGGCAGUGCUAGCACAUAAUUUAAAGAGUGACACGGGCGAAGAAGCCGAGGAAUCGACUUUGGCAGAGUUAGAUAAGUACUAUGGAGUACAUGGAGUGAACAGAUCUGCCUUUGGGGAGUUGCACAAAAGAGCCCGAGGCACAUUUGUUAGCAACGACAUACGGGUUGGAUUUGAAAUUCCGCUCAUGACUUAUUCUGGGCUACGUGUUACAUACUUACGAGUGGAUGAAGAUGUCUUGAAGUAUACUUGCUUUCCGUGGGUGCGCUAUUUGACACAGACCAGCAUUUCGCAGCAAAAUACAAUGAGUGGAUACCGAUUCCGCAUGGGGCCAGGCAGUUUUGAGGUUGUGUGA